CUGUUAAAAUGGCAGUACGAUUAAUCUUUAACUUUCUUUGUAAAUAAUUAAUAAUUGGACGAUGUUGUAAACAUAGUGUGUACAAUAUAUGAUCUACAAGUUGUUACUUGUUGUAUAAGUAACAAAAUGGGCGACAGCAGUGAUUCGGAGGAGUUUUACGACGCCGAGGAAUUCACACCCAUCAAGGGUUCAAAGAGGUCAUCAUUAUGCAAGAACAUAAAUGUGACUGAUGGUGGUUCUCCAGUCUUAAAGGAAAAGGUUUCUGCUGUAAAGCCGGAGGAGUUGCCACCACCAACCAAGCACAGCACACCAGCUGUUGAUGCCAAUGUUGAAGAUGACAAGAUUAGUGUUAAAAAUGUGGUGCAGGGUCGCAAGAGAUUCCAGGAGUUGCGGCGUUGUAUGCAGACAGAGGAGGAGGACGACGGAGUGCCCGACACUGCAUUACCUUCUGACCAUACCUAUGCACUGGAACAUCCAUUCAAAAUAAUAUCGCACGACACAAUGAGCCUGCAGAGUAUGACGUCACUGGGCCGCAUCGGCAGGAUACUUAGUGGCGCAGCCGAAACGCACUCAAACUUCCGUGACCUUGCCGCACCUUCUGCGUCAUCCAGGGAACCAUCAACCAUAUCCGAUGACCCUUUAGCGUCAGACAAUAGAAGUCAGAAUGCGCUGGCGACGUCCGAGCCGGACGUGAUCGCCAGCACGAAGGCCAACAGCCUGAAGCAUGCGCGUGCGCCGGCCGUUGUGACCGUGUCGGGCGCGCCCGCCCCGCCCGCGCACCCCGCGCACACUCCGCACCCCGCGCAGCCCGUCGCGCCGCCCCGCAGGAAGAGGCGCGACAAGGUGCCGGGGUCGCAGUCACAGUGCGGGGAGGGCGAGGACACGCGCAGUGUCAGCACGGCUGGUGACGAUCCCAUCUACCCGCGCCGACCUGACAAGCCGCAGCUCGAUGACCUGAUGGUACAGCCUUCACUGUCACACUCGUUGAACCAAACAAUGGCUCUGCCCAGCCCCGCCAGCACCAUAGAAUCCCUGACCAGAGAGUUCCAGGACUCAUUAGAGCUCUCGCAAUCUAAAUAUGGCAACGAUGUGAGCAGUGCGAGCGCGCGCGAGUGUCGCUCCUCGCGGUCCAGCGAGCGCGCCAGCGGCUCCUCGCGAUCCAGUACAGCGCAGCGUCCUCCGCAUCUGCUGCACUCCGCACUUGACAUCAACGAGGCCGUGCGGGGAGAGUGUAUGGUGCGGGCGCAGGAUGAGGAGAGGGCGCGCAGCAACUCGCGCACGCACAGUGAGGGUCGUGCGCACGCGCACCUCACCGCGCAACAACAACACGCCCAGCCCCCUGACAUGCAGCAGACCAGCGCCAGCCUCGGACACGCCAGGAAGAGCGUGGGGGGGCGCACGCGGCGGAGGUCGGCCGGGGACUCCCCGACGGGUGCGCCGGCGCUGCGCACGCGCUCCUCCUCCGGCCACCAGCUCAGCGACAUCGAGAUCCUCGAGCAGGUCACCGUGCUCAACCUCGACACCGCAGGUGAACGUAUGCCGCUGAGCGUGGCGGAGCACAAGCUGCCGCAGUGCAUCAACCCGCUCAGCCUGCACAUCAUGCGCCUCACCUCCGAGUACAUCAGCAGCGCACGACCGCCUGAUGACGACAACACCAGAGAAACCGACGAAGAGAGUGAGAGUGUUUGUGUGGGGGGAGUGGAGGACGAGACGAAGGAGAUCAAGCGCGAGUCUACUGACAGGCAGACCACCGCCAUCAGAAGAAAAACUGAAAAAGUGCUGAUGAACGAUUUAGUGAAGUGCCACUCGCACGACAACAUUAACAGGCGGUUGACAGGCCGGGUGGCGGCCAACUCAAGGUUGAAGCGGUUCUUCGGCAGCACGAUGAAGCGUACAGUGGACGCGGCGAAGUCGCUGGCGCAGGAAGUGUCGCACGCGCGUCACAAGGAGGACGUGGCUGACAUCGCGGAUGACGUGCGAGGGGAACAUAACAUUAAACUGAAAGCCUCCAAUUCGCACAAAGGACCUUACGAUUUUGACGGAUGUGUGCGGCAUGUACAGGAGAUGGGCAGCGGUCACGCGGGCGCGGUGUGGUGCUGCAAGAUGAGCGUGUGCGGACGUCUGCUCGCCACCGCCGGACAGGACCGACUGCUGCGCGUCUGGGUCACACGCGACGCACACCACAUGUUCCAGGACAUGCGAACAAAAUACAACGCAGAGAAGAAAUCCUCACCGACACCGUCACAGGAGUCCUUGUCCCUCUCCGCCCCUCCCCCCAGCCCCGAGGCGCCCCUCGGUCCCUCCGCGCCCUUCUGCCCCAAGCCCUUCUGCGUGUACUCGGGCCACACGUCAGAUCUUCUAGACGUGUCCUGGUCAAAGAACUACUUCCUCCUCUCGUCGUCCAUGGACAAGACGGUGAGGCUGUGGCACAUCUCCCGCGGGGAGUGUCUCUGCUGCUUCCAGCACAUUGACUUCGUGACCGCCAUCGUGUUCCAUCCCAGAGACGACAGGUACUUCCUCUCCGGCAGUCUGGAUGGCAAACUGAGGCUCUGGAAUAUUCCCGAUAAGAAGGUGGCGGUAUGGAACGAAGUCGACGGCAAGACGAAGCUAAUAACCGCAGCUAACUUCUGUCAGAACGGUAAGUUCGCUGUGGUGGGCACGUACGACGGCCGCUGCAUCUUCUACACGACUGACCAGCUGAAGUACCACACGCAGAUAGACGUGCGCUCCACUCGCGGCAAGAACUCCACCGGCAGGAAGAUCAGCGGCAUAGAACCCAUGCCUAAUGACGACAAGAUACUCGUCACAUCCAACGACAGUAGAAUACGACUCUACGAUUUGCGAGACUUAAAUCUCUCUUGCAAAUAUAAAGGAUACGUCAACGUUUCCAGUCAAAUUAAAGCCUCCUUUUCCCACGACGGGAAAUACAUCGUCAGUGGAUCAGAGAACCAAUGUAUUUACAUAUGGAAGACGUAUCACGAUUACUCCAAGUUCAGUUCGGUGAGGAGAGACAGGAACGACUUCUGGGAGGGUAUAAAGGCUCACAACGCGGUGGUGACGUGCGCCGUGUUCGCGCCCAACCCCGACCACAUGAUACGUAUGAUCGCCGAGAGGGAGGCGGAGGCUAACAUGGCCGGCAGCACUCCAGAGGAACGGGAGGAAGCGAAGGCGGCUGAGGGCGGCAUGGUGUCAUCCUCGCAGACUGGACACGUGCUGGUGAGCGCUGACUUCAACGGCUGCAUCAAGGUGUUUGUGCACAAAGCCAAGCCCAAGCACAGCUCGCUGCCCGCCUCCGCGCUCGCAUAGCACGCCCCCAGCCCCGCCCCCGGCCCUAGCCCCGCCCACAGCCACGCCCCCGCCGCAUUCUGUCUGCAGCUGCUCAGGUGUCACAGGUAACACACGAACCUGACUCGUGUGUAACACAACGCCCACGUCACUUAAGAGUAACAUGUAUUAACUCUUACGUGUCUUAGUCUAUUGUAACAUGAAGUCACAUUCAGGCAACAUACUACAAUUAAGGUGACUUAUUACAAUAUAACA